UCAAUGCGCGUUUUCCGCUCUUUGUAGAUGUUUUAAUUGACCGGAGAGAAACAUUUUUAUUUGGGACUUCCCACUAAUUCGUUCCAGUAGGAGUGCGCAUCGAGAAUGAGCGACGUCUACCAAGAUCACUACCACGUAUUGGGAUUGCACAGAAAUGCCAGCGAAAACCUGAUUAAGGAAGCUUUUCGCAAGUUGUCCUUACAAUGCCAUCCCGACAAAAACAAAAGCGGAACGGAUCAGUUCCUUAAAAUACACAACGCCUAUCGCGUUCUGAUGGACCCCCGAAAGCGCGCAUCUCACGAUUAUUCCAAUCCUCGGUCGGACGACAUUCUGGUCGUCGAUCAUAUGAAAAAAUCUGACCUGAAUAGCCUUGUUGGACUGGCACGUCCAUUUUUCCCAAUGCCCUCCAAUCCUACUCCAGAUAUGUUUUACAAAAAUAUCGAAGUGGCUAUAUUUAUUGGAGGCGUGAUAAUGGGGGCCUAUGUGUCCUACAGGAUAUUUCGGGGAUCAUCUCCACCGAUACCAAAUCCGGAGCCAGUCAUCCCACAAGUUGGUGUUCAGGAACUGAAUGAAAUACACCCCUCAUCCUUAUGGACAUUGAUAUGUUGGCUAGUGGCUUUAAGAUCGAAAAGAGUUCUAGGGAUCGGCAAACUAAAUCCAGGAUUAAAUAUGAGAAUUUCUUCAAAGACCUUAAAUACUUCUUUAACCUCUGCUGCCGAAGUCGUUGCCAAGACAAUAGCCCACGGACCUAGGGUCGUAACUUCUCCGAUUCCACCUCAACCGCAACUUCCAUUGAAUGCGGCUGCGGAAGUAGUGGCCAAAACAUUUAUCCAGGGAUCAGAGACCGGAAUAUCUUCAGCUUCCAAAGCUGUCGUUGUGGAAACAUUAACCCAAGGAUCACGCAGCGGUUAUUCAUAUGCUGCCAGAGAUGCAACUAAUAAAAGAGUCACAGCCCUCUUCAACUUCUGGAAAUGGAUUGCAGGAUCACUUCGUAAGGGCACUGCCAGCGCGAAUUCGACCUUUGUGGGUCUUAAAAAAUCUAUAGGUGGAACCAAUAGUUGGAAGUGGACUAAAUCCAAGACGGAUUCAUUUCUUAGCUCUCCUAUAAGCUAUAAGAUUAGAUCAAGCUUAGAUAGGGCAAAUAAGAUAUCCAUUACCGGUAUAGUUCAUGAUUCUAGAUCGGUUCUGUCUUCUGCAAGAACACGUACAGCCAAAGUCCUAGAGAAGGGAACAUCGGUGGUCGGGAGUAAGUGGCCGGUUGAUAAACAACCAAAAAGGAGGUUAUACAUUUUAAUCUUAGUAGUUGCUUCAUCGUUUUCCGCAUACUUCUUAGCUAAAAAGCUACUCUGAAGUCAUAACAGAAGGUACAUACAUCGAAGGAGACAUGAGAAUUGAAUUUCAGUUCCUCAUUAAUAAACAAAACAAUAAGAUGUUUUA